CGCAACGCUUGUUCGUCCGAUCCAAUCCAUUUUUACCUUCGAGUUCCUUCCUCCCCUCUUGCUUCCGAAUGAUCUGCCAGCCAUGACCUCGCUGCUUGUUUCUCCCUCGCCUCCUCUGGCUUCCCGCGCCUCCGUCCAUGGCAUUUCCGUCCGAAGAUGCCGAUUUGCGCUCAGGUUUCUACAGCACCGCGUCGAUUGCUCGCCGCGACGGGAGAGGAGUAGAAGCUACUUCUGUGCGGAUUUGCGUCAGGACUUCACAUUUUCAGGAGGGUUUUUGAAAGAUUUGAGCUUGGUGAGUAAAGGGCGGAAAGGGCCCUCGGUUAGAGCUAACCAGGGUUUUGGUUUCAACGGUGUCGGCGGCGGCGGCGGCGGAUGGGACAGGAGCUCCACCACAAGGGUGUUGGGCAAUUUGACUUUGGCUAUUGGGCUGACAUACCUGACCAUGACGGGGCAGCUUGGUUGGAUCUUGGAUACUAUCGUUUCCAUCUGGCUCCUUGCAGUGCUGUUACCUAUCAUAGGUUUGGGCGCUUUCUUCUGGUUUGCUGGGCGUGACAUAAUUCAAAGCAGUUGUCCCAACUGUGGAAAUGAAUUUCAGAUUCUGAGGUCUGCUACCAAUGAUGACCCACAACUGUGCCCAUUCUGCAGUCAACCAUUCUCUGUUCAGGGUGACAUAUUUGUAAGAGAACCUUCAAGAUUCUCAUCUAAUCGUCCAAUAAGUUAUCGACGAUCCUUCAAUGGAUUCUCAGCUCGAAAGGAGACAGCAGGUAAAGCCUCUUCUGCUGCAGUCGUCGACAUUGAAGCAGAUGUUAAGGACAUUGACUGACUUGUUUCCCAAAUACAACAAAAGUGGUCACGCCUCUACUAGUUCUAGCUGUGUAAAGUGCUUUCUGGCAUUCCUGAAGCUUUUAGAAUAUGGCCAAUAAUUGGAGGUAACGCCUUCACUUCAAUUGCAACAAGCUUGAAUAAUUCCCUGGCUCAACUUAGUAAACAAUGUGAUUUAGACUGCACUUGGAUCAGAUGAGCUUUCAGACUCUGCUCCUCAACCUGAUGAUUAGACCAACAAAUCAAGGAAGAAAAAAAAAAGCAAACGUACAUUAAUUAACCACAAUAACAGAUUAGAUGGUAAAACUAUGUGGUACUUUACAUGAA